AUGACUACCUUCAACUUUACCCAUGGGAAGCCUUCUUACUUCAUCCUAAAAGGCAUCCCUGGAUUGGAGGAUACCCAUUUUUGGAUAUCAAUCCCCUUCUCUUCCAUGUAUUUCAUCACUGUUCUGGGUAAUGUCACCAUCCUGUUCAUCAUCACCACAGAGCGCACGCUGCACAAGCCCAUGUUCCUGCUCCUCUGCAUGCUGGCUCUCACUGAUCUGGGCAUGUCCACCACCACCAUUCCCAAAGCACUGUGCAUUUUCUGGUUCGGCCAAAGGGAGAUCAGCUUCGAGGGCUGUUUGAUCCAGCUGUUCUUCAUCCACUCCAUCUCUGUCAUGCAGUCAGCCGUUUUGAUGACCAUGGCUUUCGACCGUUAUGUGGCAAUCUGUGAGCCGCUGCGCUACGCCACCAUUCUCUCCAAUGGCCGCAUAGGUCUCAUUGCGCUGGCCAGCUUAGCGAGAGCCGUCGCGUUUAUCCUUCCUAUGCCCGUCCUUCUUCAGCGAAUGCCAUUUUGUUCGGGCCGGGUGAUCCCUACCACCUAUUGCGAACACAUGGCUGUGGUGAAAAUGGUGUGUGCGGACACCACCGUCAACCGUUUCUAUGGCCUCGUGGUAGCCCUGGUGGUCGUUGGCCUGGAUUUCUCUGCCAUUGGCUCAUCCUACGUGUUCAUCAUCCGGGCUGUGAUGCGACUCUCCUCCAAGGAGGCUCACCACAAGGCGGUCAACACAUGCACCACACACAUCUGUGUGAUGCUGACAUCUUACACACCUCCGCUUUUCUCUUUCCUGGCCCAUCGGUUUGGUCGGGGCAUUCCGCCCCAUGUUCACACCAUUCUUGGCAAUCUUUACUUCCUCGUGCCCCCUAUGCUCAACCCCAUCAUCUAUGGAGUAAAGACUAAGGAGUUUAGGGACAAAGUGACCAAAUAUGGUUGCUGGAAAAAGGAGCCCAUUACCAAAGCCCCCAGUCAGAAAACUAUCUGA